CCAGGAUGCCCAUCCCUGCCUCCUGGCCCCGCCCUCCUCCUUGCCUGCUGCUGACUCUACUGCUGGGCCUCCCAGGAGGGGCAGGUGAGGAGCUGCAGGUGAUUCAGUCUAAGACGUCAGUCUCCAUCAGUGCUGGACAGACGGCCACUCUGAGCUGCACUGUGACCUCCCUGACCCCAGUGGGGCCCAUCAUGUGGUUCAGAGGGACAGGGCCAGGCCGGGAGUUAAUCUACAGUCUCAGAGGAGGCCACUCCCCCCGGGUAACAAGGGUUGCAGAUGUCACGAAGAGAGACAACUUGGACUUUUCCAUCCACAUCAGUAACCUCACCCCAGCAGACACAGGGACCUACUACUGUGUGAAGUUCCGGAGAGGAGGUGGUGAUGACACGGAGUUCAAGUCUGGAACAGGCACUCAGCUCACCGUGAAUGCCAAACCCUCUCGCCCUGUGGUGUCGGGCCCCACGGGCAGGUCGCCGCCUGGGCAGACAGUGAGCUUCACCUGCCAGUCCCACGGCUUCUCCCCCAGAGACAUCACCCUGAAAUGGUUCAAGGAUGGGAAUGAGCUCCCAGCCUCCCAGACCAUCGUGCACCCAGAGGGAGACAGCCCUCCCUACAGCGUCUCCAGCACAGCCAGGGUGCGGCUGGCCCUGGGGGAUGUCCGCUCCCAGGUCAUCUGCCAGGUGGCCCAUGACACCCUAGAGGGGGACCCUCCUCUUCGUGGGACUGCCAAGUUGUCUGAGGCCAUCCGUGUCCCACUGCAUGCGGGCUGUGCUUGUUUAAUGGUGUCAGAGAAACAGAAGAACGUCACCUGCCUGGUGAGGAACUUCUACCCCCGGCGCCUACAGCUGACCUGGCUGGAGAACGGGAACACGUCCCGAACAGAAACGGCCCGGACCCUCGUAGAGAACAAGGAUGGGACCUUCAGCUGGAGGAGCUGGCUCCUCGUGAAUCUGUCUGCCCACAGGGAGGAUGCGAUGCUCACCUGCCAGGUGGAGCACGAUGGGCAGCCGGCCAUCACCAAAACCAUCACCGUGGCGGCCCCUGCUCACCAGAAGGACCCAGAUGAACCCUCUGGCCCAGCACUAUCUACUCAGGUCUUCUUGGCUGUCCUCCUCGGCCUCCUAGGCUGCAAGGUGCUGCUGAUGGUUGGUGUCUCUGCCACCUAUGUCCACAGGCAGCGGAGAGCCUGUGUAAGUGGCUCCAUCCCCACUGAGAUCUGCCUCCUGCUAAAGAGUUCCUGCCCCUUCCCUGAGCUACUUGCCCAGGUGAUGCCGUGGCUGGACAAGCAGCAGUGGGAGAGGGCCCCCGGCCUGGGCAUUGGAGGGCACUCCUCCCUGGAGCAGGUGGCGGUCAGGGUCAGGCUCCUGAAGGUGGGCACUGGCUCUGCUGAUGGACGUGAAUACCUGGGAGGCCACAGGAAAUACCCAAACAUCACCCUGAAAUGGUUCAAGGAUGGGAAUGAGCUCCCAGCCUCCCAGACCACCGUGCACCCAGAGGGAGACAGCCCUUCCUACAACGUCUCCAGCACAGCCAGGGUGCGGCUGGCCCCGGGGGAUGUCCGCUCCCAGGUCAUCUGCCAGGUGGCCCACGACACCCUAAAGGGGGACCCUCCUCUUCGUGGGACUGCCAACGUGUCUGAGGCCAUCCGAGUUCCGCCCACCUUGGAGGUUACCCAACACACGGUGUCAGAGACGCAGGUGAAUGCCAUCGCCUGUCUGGUGAAGAACUUCUACCCCCGGCGCCUACAGCUGACCUGGCUGGAGAAUGGGAACACGUCCCAAGACUGA